AUGAGAUUCCGGCCACUUCCGGUCAGUUUUUGGGGUACGUCCAAGAACAAAAGUGACUCCAAAUUAGGUGUAUUACCUAGGGUAGGAGUCUUGGCUGUCGAUUUGGAAGUUUUCCGGCGAUGCGAUAUCGCUUUGGACACCCACGCGCUGCCGGCGCGUGUGGCGGCGCGUGGGCACUGUAGCUGA